GCUCCGAGGCCCCCCACGGUUCCUCACGUGACCCCGGGGUGAGCCAGCGGGAAGUGGAGUCUCCGAGGCGGCGCCGCAGGGGGACGGAGCUUCUUCCGCAGCGGCAGUCCGUCGCCCGAGCACCAGCGCCAUGAACGGGAUGCGGGGACCCUCACGGCCCCUCUUCUGGGCCGUCGUCGCCUGCUUGGCCGCGCUAUGCGUGCUGAGCGCGGCUCAAAGCCCAGCGCCUACGGCCAACUCCACCGAAUCCUCGUCGGUGCAGCCCACGACGACUCCCUCUGUCAAGCCCACGUCGGAGCCCUCUCCCAAGCCCACAGCGGAGCCCUCUCCCAAGCCUACGACGAAGCCCACCCCGACUCAGGCACCAGAAAGCUGUGAAGUACACACUAACUGCACUUCCUGUGUUGAGAGCAAAAAUGCCACAUGCUUUUGGACAGUUUGUGAUGGUAGUGCCUACUGUUCAGAACAUGCAGCAACUCCAAAUUGUACUGUUGUUAACAGCUCAAGCAACUGUGUAGUGGGACCUACUGCCAGUCCAUCUCCAACUAAUUCUACAGCUAAACCUUCCCCUGCAGUCCCAACCAUCCCAGCUGUUACCACAGUUGUUACACCAGGUGCACAGAACGUUACUGUGAUUCCCACCCCUUCUACGAGAAAAUCUACUUUUGAUGCAGCGAGUUUCAUUGGAGGAAUUGUUCUCGUGCUGAGUGUGCAGGCUGUAGUUUUCUUUCUCUUUAAAUUUUGCAAGUCCAAAGAACGAAACUACCAUACUCUUUAAGACACAACAUUAUGACAUGGACUAGUAGUUUAUUUGUGUAGUUUAUUGAAACCAAAAUAUUACCUUUUGAGAUGUCCUACAUGGAAGACAGUGUUUAAAAACCUCUAAAUCUCCAAAGGAUGCAUAUAGGAUAUUUUGGAGCAUCAUCUUUGAAGAAAAAGCAGUUCAAUCACUUGUACUCAACAGGAAUACUUAAAAUAUUCUGCAUGAAUCCUUGUGGCUAGCUGUCUUUUAUUUUAAGUGGCUGCUGCUGUGGGAUUUUUUUUCCAUGACAUGCCUAAAAAUAGUUGGGUUUUUUUUUUUAAAUUUGGUGGACUCACUGUCUUGAGCUGACAGUUCCAUAACUGCCAGUCGUUUAAAUUUAGUCAUUUUAAAGCCUAAAAGCUGCAUUAUCCCCAUUUUCACUCAGGAUGUAAGUUCAUAGAUUAAAUUGUGAGAAGAAUGUGCCAAAUGAUCAGUUGGUGGAUUUUUGACUGUUGGUCCAAAAGUGGAGUUAAUUUGUGAGGAAACAAUACUCUUACUGUAAAUCCUUGAAGUGGAAUUUAGUGCUUGACAAACCUGUAUUUUUUUUUUCUACAUUAGAAAUAAGAUGCCAUACAGGAAGUUACAUUCCAGAUUUAAUGCAAAGGGUACAAACUAUAAACACGUAGCAGGUUGUUGUCCAUUCUUUAAAAGCACCUUAUCAUUGGGAAAACUAAGAACAGUGCCUUAAAUUAAAGACAAGACAAAAACAAGGUAGACUGUAACUUUAAAUGUUUAUGAUUUGUCAUUUUUCAUUAAGAAAGGUAACAUGGGCUUAACUUUCUGAUCAGCAGUAACAUGCACUCAAAUUUGGUAGAAAACUCAGCAACAUACUAUUAUGUAAUUUAAAAGAUUCAGCUACUUAAUUUUGAAACUAAAGAAUGUUAUAGGAAGUUGAAAGCAUUCAUAAGUUAAAUUCUUCAAUAUUUUUAUGUGUAUCUGCUAAAAUAUUUUUAUGAGAUUUUAUUUUUAAAGGUACAGGAUAAUUUUAGGGAAAAUAUUUGGCAUAUCUUGCUUUACAUUUAUUUUCUAAAAGUUCUUUGUAUGUAGCUGCUGUACCUUUUAAGCAUUCCGAUUAAGCUUUCAUAGAAAUUUUUAAUUUGCUUUAUAAGGCAAGGAGGAAACAAGUACUAGUUGGAGAAUCAUUCACAAGUUCAUUCCUUAUUAAAAAGAGACAAUCAGAGUUUUCAGACAGUAAAUAGGACCGGUGAAGUUUCAGGAAAUGACAGGUUUUUUGUUUUGUUUUGUUUUUGUUUUGUUUUUGUUUUUUUUUUUUUUGGUUAGAGCAGAUUCUUAUAGGUCUUAGAAUUGUUUCAUGGUGAUUCCCCUUAAGAUAAAUUUUUUUAAAUCCCUGUACCUAUAAGGGAACACAUAGACUUUGGAAUACAUCUUUCAUCAAAUACUAAUUUUUCCAAUCUGAGAACAAAUUAGUGUUUUUAAUAAAGGUUUUCAUUACAGUCUUUUUUCUCCAUCUAUACUUAAUUGGAUUUAGCCAAUAAGAGGCUUAAAAUAGGUUUUAUUAUUUUUUUUCUAGUUCAUUCUUAUACUUGUCAUUUGGUCUUUGGUGGCUUGUUUCUAGCACUACCUGCAGCAGCAGAUGGCAUUGCAUUGAUUUAUUUUUUGGUGGGGGUGGUAGAAGAACUGAAAACCCUUGCUCCAAUUAAUUGAAUUACAUUAAAGGUUUCUAAAAUGAAGUUUUACUGUUUUCUGUGUUACUUGUUGGUACAGAUAAGUUUGUUUUACUUGCACAUUUGUAUGCCUAACUUUUAUCAAGUGCCUUAAUUGUUUGAAAUCUCUGGCUUCAAAGUUUUUUUUAAAGGAAAAGGUUAGGAUGGUUUACCUGACUAUUGUGGUUUUAUUGUCAUGAGUGAAAACAAAUAUUUUGGGAAAAUCUGGGUUUAAUGGUCCAUGAGUGUCAGGAUUUUAUGUGUAAGACUUGAUAAGAAAAUGUGAUUCAGUUCCAUGUUUACACUGGAGAAGGGAGUGAAAACUAGCAGGAACCAUGAGUACUUGUUAUUUCUAAAACCUCUUAAUACUUUUGCCUAAAAAUUUUGGCUUUGCCAUGUAAAUUAUCAGUGCUAAAUGUAGCAGCUUAAUAAAACUAGCUUGGUUUGAAGGACUUGAACUCUUAUUCUGGGUACUGCUUUGAUUAGUAAGAAGCCAUGCAAAAAUUAGUUUACAAAAUAGCUCAGUAUAAGAGCUUUGCCUUUCUAAACCCAUUUUCCUCUCCAUUUAACGUUUCGAUAUUCUCUUGAGUCAUCAAGACUUUGUCAUUUUUUUAAUUUAUAAGCUAUGCAGUGACCUUUUCAGACUUUGGUUUUGUUCCUAAAGCCAAUUCAAAUGUUUUCUUUCCCAUUAGACCUUGUACUUAACAUUUGUUUGUUGCAUAGGCAGAUUGCUGUAUUUUGAAUUUCAAUUUCAUGUUUUUGGUGAAGACAAUGCUAAAUCAAUCUGUAAUCACGACCAGACUGACUUAUAAUAAAUUCACAUGUUGAAUUAA